UGGAUGACACGAUUCUCUAAAUAUUUGGGAAAUCAACUAUUUAAAAUCUUGAACAGACAUAUUAAUGACAUCGAUUUCCAAAAAAUAUCCUGUCAUCCCUGGAUUGAUUUGUCAGUCACUACAUCUUCCAUGAUUGAUUUUUCAAGACAUUCCUAUGCUGGAAAUAAAUGCACAUUUACCUAUAUUUAUUUCAUUUUUGCCAGAUCUGCAUAUGGCACAAUAUACUUCCAUAAAAAAAUUUCGGACGGAAACCUCGAUUUGCACGCUUUAUUCGCUGUAAAAAUAGUGGGAUCUGUGCUGCCGUCAAUUCACAGCAGAUCUUUUUGUCUUUUUAUUUUUUUGGGCAACGGCAAAUAAAUAUUUGCUUUCGCUGAUGUUAAUUCACCUACGCGGCUGGUAGAAAUUUUCUUCGGAAUUCCAUCCAUUGUUCCUCUAUCCCAGUGAUCAUAGUUCAUAGAAACCCUAAGCGUCUGGCAAAAUUUUUCUGUUCAUAUUUUAACAGUAGGAAUGGAUUCUUCUGCCGAAGAUUCUUCGGCGGAAACUGGGGAAAGAUUUAAAAUCAAAAGAUCAUUGUUCAGGAGGUCAUCUCCUUCCCAUUUUUCUUCUUCUUCUUCAUCAUCAUCAUCAUCGAGCAGUGAAGAAGUCUCCGUUCCGUCAGAUACGCAACGGAAGAGUCCCUCGCUCAAAGAAAAUAAGGAAAUUUCUUCUACACCAGCUAAUUCGCCUUCAAUGAAGCCAGAGAGGGAGCGGCAAGAUGAAGAGGAGGUUACAAAACCAGAUGUGGGUGCUUCUAGCAAAUCUGCGAAGGACAAUUCGCUCAAAGAAAAUAAGGAAAUUUCUUCUACACCAGCUAAAUCGCCUUCAAUGAAGCCAGAGAGGGAGCGGCAAGAUGAAGAGGAGGUUACAAAACCAGAUGUGGGUGCUUCUAGCAAAUCUGCGAAGGACAAUUUACCUUGGAGCGAGAGAAAUGAAAUUGCUUUUCUAAGCGGAAUUGCUGAGUGUACCGAAAGAGGUAAGCCCUUACCGAAAUAUGCGGUUCUUUGUAAUCAUGUGAAAAGCCUAUUAGAUAAUGAAUGCAGCGAUAAAAGGAUAUUGUACAAGCUUAAGAGGUUUAAACAAAAGUUUAAAGAUGUCAAGGAGAAGGUUAAGGAUCCAGGAUUCAGGUUCAGGAGUCCGCAUGCAGAGAAAACUUUUAAGUUGUCAGAGAAAAUUUGGGGAAAAGAGGAACAAGAGGAGACCGCCCCUUUGAAGAGAAGUAGAAAAAAAUAUAAAAAUAGAAGGGUAGCCGCGAGGCUUGAUGAAGAAGAAGAGAAGAAUGGUGGGGAGGAGGAAGAAGAAGAGAAGAAUGGUGGGGAAGCAGAGUUAAACCUAGGAGAUAAAAAGAAUAGCGGGGAAGAAGAGUUGAACAUAGGAAAUGAAGAAGAAGAGAAGAAUGGUGGGGAGGAGGAAGAAGAGGAGAAGAAUGGCGAGGAAGCAGAGUUAAACCUAGGAGAUAAAAAUAAUAGUGGGGAAGAAGAGUUGAACAUAGGAAAUGAAAAAAUUUCAGUAUCCAGCCUCAUCGACUUGAUUAAGAAGUUUCUUAAAGAAGGCAUGGAUUCUCUGAAUGAAUUUUUUAAGGAGCUGUCCAAAGAGAACAUGAAUACGAUAAGCAAGCUCACAGAUGAGUUGCUUGUAGAGAAUAUGAAUAAGUUAAAUCAGGAGAAUGAAGAGAAUCAGAGAUUUUCCAGAUUGUUCAGCAACUGGGAAUACAAUGAUUCUCUGAUCUUUGAAAAUGAGUUGAUACAGAGGUUCUCCUCAAAUUUCAUGAAUUCCCCCACAUUAAGUGAUACCGAAAUGAAAGCAAUUAAGCGAAAGUGGCUGCAACAGGAAGCUUUGGAGCAGGAAGCUGCUAACAAGCGACGUGCUCUGUUGGAAGAAGAGCGUCAAAUGAGGUUAACAAAGCUUUGUGCUAUGAGGAAAUUAUAAGUUUUUAGAUUUCUCUUCUAGUCUGGAAAUUUCUUAGUUCUUAAGUUUCUACAUGGACCUGAAAAUAUUUGGGUUUUUAGAAUGCUGGAUUCCUUGAGCCUUGAUAACUUACUGUUGCACACUAAUUUCUUUUUUAUAUAUUUGCAAGUUGAAACCA